AUGGUCUGGGUACAAAGGGAUUCUUGUUUCAGAGACCUCUGAUUGGUUUGGGGGAGGUUCUCAAACUCUCGGCGCUCUGCCUGGGAAUCUAACAGUGUCUAAAGGCUGCUGAUCACUCCACGGUUCAGACUGAUUUCCUACACACUGUCAAUAGGAAAAUGGUUAGUCGAAUUGAGCAUCCGGCUGGUGGCUACAAGAAAAUCUUUGAGACAUGUGAAGAGUUGAAUGAGCCUAUUCCUGCUGUGGUUGUAGGUGUGAUCCCAGAAUGGCUGAGCGGCAGUCUGUUGCGUCUUGGACCCGGCCUGUUUGAGGUGGGGGCUGAGCCUUUCUACCACCUCUUUGAUGGCCAGGCCCUCAUGCACAAGUUUGACCUAAAGAACGGCCAUGUGACAUACUAUCGGAAAUUUGUCAAAACAGAUGCCUAUGUGCGAGCCAUGACAGAGAAAAGAGUGGUCAUCACGGAGUUUGGAACAGCAGCCUACCCAGAUCCUUGCAAAAAUAUAUUCUCAAGGUUUUUCACCUACUUCAAAGGGAUUGAGGUGACAGAUAAUUGCUUAGUGAACGUGUACCCUGUUGGUGAGGAUUUCUAUGCCUGCACAGAAACCAACUACAUCACCAAAGUGGACCCAGACACACUGGAGACUCUGAAAAGGGUGGACCUGUGUGACUACCUCUCGGUCAAUGGAGUGACAGCUCAUCCACACAUUGAAAGUGAUGGAACGGUGUACAACAUUGGGAACUGUUUUGGGAAGAAUAUGUCACUGGCCUACAACAUUGUCAAAAUUCCUCCCACACCAAAAGAUAAGUCAGACCCCAUUGCAAAGUCCAAGGUUCUUGUGCAGCUCCCCAGCAGUGAGAGAUUCAAGCCCUCCUAUGUUCACAGCUUUGGAAUGACAGAAAACUACUUUGUCUUCGUUGAGACUCCAGUGAAGAUAAACCUUCUAAAAUUCUUGACCGCUUGGAGCAUCUGGGGCACAAAUUACAUGGAUUGCUUUGAGUCAAACGAAACCAUGGGCACAUGGUUCCAUCUGGCUACAAAGGACCCAGCUGAAUACAUAGAGCAUAAAUUCAGGACUUCUGCCUUCAAUCUCUUCCAUCACAUCAACAGCUAUGAGGAUGAUGGCUUCAUCGUUGUUGACUUGUGUACUUGGAAAGGCCAUGAGUUUGUCUACAACUACCUAUAUCUGGCCAACCUGCGGGAGAACUGGGAGGAAGUGAAGAAAGCUGCUAUGAGGGCACCUCAGCCAGAGGUCCGGCGAUACGUUCUGCCCAUGGAUGUCCACAAGGAGGAACAGGGGAAGAAUCUGAUAUCCCUUCCGUACACCACAGCCACUGCAGUGAUGCGCAGCGAUGGAACCAUCUGGCUGGAGCCUGAGGUUCUGUUUUCUGGACCACGACAAGCUUUCGAGUUCCCUCAGAUCAACUACAGUAAGUUCUCUGGGAAGAACUACAGCUAUGCCUAUGGACUGGGCCUGAACCACUUCAUCCCUGACAGGAUCUGCAAACUGAACGUGAAGACUAAGGAUACGUGGGUGUGGCAGGAGCCAGACUCUUACCCCUCAGAGCCCAUCUUUGUGCAGACCCCGGAUUCUGUGGAGGAAGAUGACGGGGUGUUGUUGAGCAUCGUGGUGAACCCUGGAGCAGACCAGAGGCCAGGGUAUCUCCUCAUCCUCAAUGCCAGAGACCUGACAGAGAUCGCACGGGCUGAGGUGGAGGUCAUCAUCCCUGUCACCUUCCAUGGAAUGUACAAACCUUAGGACUACGUUCUCAAACACAUCUACAAUACCACUCCACAGGAGAAAGGGACAAUAAUAAUACUAAAACCUUUGUUGGGAAUGUUAAAAAAUAUAUAGAUAUAUCACUGAUGUAACCUGUUCGUGGCUUAGUUUCAAAAUCAAUGUUGUGAUAUACACUGUACAAAAGUAUGUGGACAGCCCUUCAAAUUUGUGGAUUCGGCUAUUUCAGCCACAUCCGUUGCUGAAAGGUAUAUAAAAUCGCACACACAGCCAUGCAAUCUCCAAAGACAAACAUUGGCAGAAUGGCCUUACUGAAGAGCUGAGUGACUUUCAAUGGGGCAUCCUACCAUCAUAGGAUGCCACCUUUCCAACAAGUCAGUCAAAUAUCUGCCCUGUUAUGAGCUGCCCCGGUGAACUGCUGUUAUUGAAGUGGAAAUGUCUAGGAGCAACAACAGCUCAGCCGUGAAGUGGUAGGUUACACAAGCUCACAGAAUGGGACCGCUUAAACGUGUGAAAAUCACCUGCUGCAACAUUCACUACAGAGUUCCAAACAUCCUCUGGAAGCAACGUCAGCACAAGAACUGCAUUCUCUGGAGUGAUGAAUCACGCCUCUCCAUCUGGCAGUCCGAUGGACGAAUCUGGGUUUGGAGGAUGCCAGG